AUGCCGUCUCUCUCACCCAGGCCACUGGUUGUGGGUAAUGAGGCGGGCGAGGGGAACCAAACGCUAGCCAAGGAAAAAGAGCCGCGCCAGCAGGCAGGCUCCUUUGGGCAAACCCCAGGACUUGUUGAUAGAAAUAGCGGCAACAGCGAUGGCAGUAGCAGUAACGAAUUCCACGUAGAUUUUCGCAAUUACUUGUACACAUCGGGGAUCCCAGCAAUUUUUGAUGCCCUCUCGGGUGCGUUGCUGCGUGAAAAACCAGAUAAGCCUGUGCAGUUUAUCUUGUCCUGGCUGCGGGCAGAGCGGGAACGGGCGCUGGCACAGGCUGAGGCAGACAACACGCGUAACAGCCCCGCUGGACCCGUGGCAUGGAGUGAGGGCAGUAAAGAUGAUAACUGCACUCCGGUGACGUGCUCGCUGUCUGACCUGCACUCGCCGCUGUAG